AUGCUUUGGAGACCACUUGUCCUAGCCGCGGCGGCCAUCGCGCCUAGCGUCGAUGCGGCUGCGACACUUCGGUUCUCGUGCUCGCAACUCGUUGUUGAUCGUCUAGAUCCACUGGUCAACCCCGGCAUGAACCCCUCGCCCCAUCUCCACCAAGUUGUUGGAGGAAAUGCAUUCAAUACGACCAUGGACCCUGCUGUACACGACCUCCCGACUACCGCGACGUGUACUUCUUGCACACCGGUUGAGGACUUUUCCAACUACUGGACUGCUACUUUAUUCUUCCGUGCGCGCAACGGAACCUUCAAGCGCGUCAACACCUUUGGCAAUGAACUUGGCUUCACGUCCGCCAAAGGCGGCCAAACUGUGUACUACCUCUCCUCAGGCAAAGUAACCGCCUUCAAGCCCGGCUUCCGCAUGACCGUCGGCGACCCCACGUUCCGCACCGCGGCCCAGCUCAACGCAAAGUACAAGUACAUGGACUUCACCUGCCUGGCGUCGUCCAUGACGCGCGGUGGGCAAACCCUCAACUUCCCCACUUCGACCUGUGCCGCGGGCAUCAUGGUCAGCAUCCGGUUUCCGACGUGCUGGGAUGGGAAGAAUACCGAUAGUCCCGACCACCAGAGCCACGUCGCCUAUCCGAAUGGAAAUGCCUGCCCGUCAACGCAUCCUGUGGUCGUCCCUCAGGUGUUUUACGAGACCUACUGGGAUACAAGGCCAUUCAACGAUAAGAACAUCUGGCCCACCGACGGCUCUCAGCCUUUCGUUUGGUCAUUUGGUGAUAACACGGGUUAUGGUAUCCAUGGCGAUUAUGUCUUUGGCUGGAAGGGCGAUGCGCUGCAGAGGGCGAUGGACAACAACUGCAACAGCGAUCUUUUCGCUAACCAGAUCAACUGCCCAACACUUCAGGUGCAGUCGCUAGAUCAAGCGAAUCAGUGUACCAUCAAGCCAGAGGUCAAUGAGAACCUGGACGGUUGGCUCACAGAACUUCCGGGUGGCAUGCCAAUCAUGUAG